AUGGCUUGUGGAUUGAUCCACGAGCUGACUACAGUAAUCUCCCAGGACAAGUCCCAGUCAUCACCACAAUGGCAGACAUACGAGAAAAGGUCUCAGCAAGAAACUCAGCGGAGUCAGACACAACCUGAAGUGAAAGUCAUUUCAAAGAGUAUUUGUUGCAUCCUGCCCAUUGCUCACAUUGCAAUCGGGGCAGUAUACCUGCACGACUGUCCCCGGGAGCCCUACAUCCCCAUCUAUCUGAUUGUGUUCGGGGUCUUUGGCGUCUUGCUGUCAGUGCUCCCCUGUCUCCCCUGCACAGAGCUGCCCAGAGAUGGGCCCGCCACCUCUAUGAGCAAUCUCGGCUUCGCCUUGAACUUUCUGAUGUCCAUCUUCCUCUUAUGCUGGUUUAUUGCUGGUAAUGUGUGGAUCUACUCCAUUUAUCAGCCAAACUACGACAAGAACACAACGUCUGUAGAUCCCUACUGCGACAAGACGCUCUACCUGUUCUCCUUCUGGAUCCCCACACUGGUCUACAUCUUUCUGGGCUUGGCCCAGAUCUUCAGUCUCUGUGCCAGCAUGUAUAACUGCAUGUAUGCCUGCAUGCGUGCCAUCUGUGGCCUGUGCCCGGGGACAUCGUCUACUACUAUUACUACUACUACUAGUCGUACUAUUACUACUGUUAGUUAGUGCCAUUUAGCAGACGCUUUUAUCGAAAGCGACUUACAUCUGAGAGACACACAAGCAAGAAAUCACAUAGGAGGUCCAGCUGGAUCAGUGCUGUGUGCUAGUUUUUUUUUUUUUUUUUUAUGAUUUGUGUUAGUUUUUUGGUUGAAAUGUUCAUUCCCCACCCAACACAACAGUCACUUUAUACAAGAAAAUUACAUCUUAAAAUUCCCCAUCAUAAUAUCAUCUUGUCAUAAGUGCAUGCAGCUUUCUCAGUGCUGAGUCCUGCAAAGAGCUGGAUGAAUAUUCUAACUCAUUCUGAUGAGCAGAGAGACCAGAUCUGACAGAGUUUGGUAGGUUAUUCCACCAUCAGGAACAAUGGAGGAAAAGAGUCUAGCUACUGAUUUCACGCCACGUUGUGGUGGAAGUACCAAGCGUCUUUCACUGGCUCAGCGGAGCAACCCAGGAACCUUCUUGCUGUGAAGCAACAGUGCUAACCACUAAGCCGCUGUGCUGCCUCGCUCUGGAAACACAUCUGACAUUAAAGAUCAUAAUCUGUAACAUAUCUGAUUCUAAAAUCUUUUAGACUUUUUUGAAAAUACUUGAGGGCAGGAUGUCUAAACAGCAACAGGAGGAGUUCAGUUGACGUAAGAUGUCAUCCAGUUCUUUGCCGUUGAUGGGAUGAAACUAUAUCAUGGUGUUUCAACUGGUUUUCAGUGGACACAGUACAUAUCCUCAAUCUGCUGCUGACGUACCAACUGUUUGUCUAAUAUUUUUGAUUUUGGAAUACAAUGCUAUUCCAACCUCAGACUAACUUCAGGUGUCAGCUUCCUGGCAACGAUGAACCAAUCAGAGAACAGGACGUGGUACGACACUUACCUCCGGCACUUUUUAUUUGUGGAUUUGUGGAAGACGAAUGAUUUAAAAUGUGAGUGUAUUUUUCUGUGUUAGUUACAACUGAACGAUAUUCUGAGUUAUUGUGAAUGAGUUGAAUAAAGUUCGACUUUCCAGACUGUUUUGUUUCGCUUUAUAUAUACUUUAUCGUGCGCCUUAUAACCCAGUGCCCUUUAUGUAUGAAAAUAGACUCGUUCAUUGAUGUUGUCUCAUUGAUAAAGACAAGGGCAGCUGACCUAAGAAGCUAGAUCAUGGCCUGGGUUCCGGGCUCUUCCGUGUCGGCCUCUGGUCUCGCGGGUAGCGGGGUUGCUCCCCCCCCCUCCCCCACUAUAGAUACACUUCAGAAGGAACUUUGUUUGGUUUAUCACACACACACACACACACACACACACACACACACACACACACACACACACACACACACACACACACACACACACACACACACACACACACAUAGUCACUUAGUCACACGCAUAUACACACACACACACACACACACACACACAUGAUCAUAUACAUACACACACACACACACACAUAGACAUACAUACUGGCUUGUUCACCUGCAUGCUGGCUCUCUAGUUUUUGGGUUUAGGUAGCGCUAGCUUAGCUCAGACUGCAAUCAGAUCUCAAGAUUUAGGUCGAUUGCUGUUAUUGUUUUGAUUGGCUCCGUGCCGGUUUCGUGCUUUGUUUGUGGUUUUUUGUUGCAGAUUUCCAGUGCUUGACGUGUGUUUCCGUGUGUUCCUGCUUCCUGGAUUGGCAGUGGAUGUCGUCACCCCCCCCC